AUGGUUCCUGCUCACAUGCAGAUUCGUCCUACGGCCAACACGCAGACUCCUUUGGUUGCGACAACGCGCAUGCAGCCGCUCGUCAACUACGGGCCUCAAAUGCCUUACAACAUAACAUCUUACAUGCCGCCUUCAGGCUCCCGUAUCGCCGAAAUGCCACAAGUCCGGGCCGCAACGGUUGACCGGAUAUUGGACUCAAUUGGGCUCUCAGGUGCCUCUCGCGAAGAUAUCCAUUGUUUUGCGCAGGCGAGUUCCUUAUUUCUCUUAACUAAUGUGCCCGCUUAUACGGGAGCUGUACAGGCCGACGACGACACGCGGACCAUCAUGUUGUUCGCGCGCAUGGUCCGAAACGAGUGCUCGGUCAAAGAGAUCAACUUGGCAAUGGCGAGAAUUGAUGACCGGUUGAGCCAGCUGGAUGUUUACAUGGAGCGUGCGUACCAAUUGUCCCCAAACCAGCAGCGGACGCUGAAGAAUUACAUCAAGCAUAACAUGAUACGCCCACUGAGUACCUACAAGAAGAUCUCGAAGAAUAUGGAGCCGACAAUCCUCAAGUAUGCCGAAAAGCUCAAAAUUCCGGAAUACGCGAAAUCACCGGGCAUACGCACGCACGUCAACGACUUCCUCAACUACCAGACCACGCAGAUCAAAGCCGCGUUCCACAAGAAGAUCGUAGCUCGUGUCGAGAAAGGACACGCUCUGGAUGGCUACGUCAAAGAUGUCAUCCUCCCUUGGCAUAUUUCUCCGAGGCCGGUGGUGCCGCCUCGCAGCAUUAUGGCGCGCAUAGCUUUAUUGUCUGACAUUGCGGAGCAAAAGCGCAAGAAGCAAAUCAAAGAUUUCUGGGCCGCCGUGGAGGCAAAACUGCGGGAGCUUGAAGAGAAGCACGGAUCGAACAAGCAGUCGGAGGGAUGGAAGCAAUGCGACGAAGAUUACAUUGCGGCCGACAAAGCCAAGUACAAGAAUUCGGUCGACGCCAAUUUCUACGACAUGGAUCUCGACGGCGAGACGGACCAGACCUUGCACGGGAUCGACUUCAAUGCCAUCGGCGCGGACGAGGAGGCGCUGGGGCUCGACAUGACUGUCAAUUAG